CCGAGGUAGCCGUGUUAAAGUAAUUGUGUUUACUUAACGUUCCGAGUGCAUUUAUUGUUUUUACGUGCAGGUGUUACGUUCGCCUGCGCCAAUAGGACGCGGGCCGAGUGCCCCGUCCCGUCUACUUUCAUAAUAACAACUUAAAACCUAUUCUAACAUGGAUAGUGAUACAAUUCAAAAUAUAUCAGUUUCCGACAUUGCGGAAUUAUACUCGAAGACAUGCACCGAUACAAACGAUUCAGAUAUGGAAGAUUUAUCAGCUAAUCAGAACAUUAUUCAAUAUGACGAGCAAGACACCCAGGGUAUAUAUUACAAUAAACCAACAAAGAGAAACCGAGAGGAGGAGGAUGAUAACGAAUGGACAGUUGUUAGUGGGAAAAAGGAGAAAAGACCACGCCAGAAUAGCAUACAGGAUAUGGAUGACAGUAAUAUAAUAGAUAAUUCGACCGUAUACAUCACCAGCAAAGAAAAGUUACCGAAACAAUUUGCACUCGCUCGCAUAUUUAAAGCAAAUGAUAUUAAUAAUGUAUGUCGUGUCAAAUACCUAAACCCAUUCAAAAUCCGAGUGCAAUUUAAUAAUGAACUAAACGUGGAGAAAUUAUUCUUCUGUAAAGAUAUAAUAGAUAUGGAUUGGAGAAUACAAAAAGCCUUAGAAAUUAGUUACUCAUACGGAGUUAUUAGGAAUAUUGAUUUAGAUCUAUCGGAAGAAGAGAUGUUUAACAAUAUAACGUGCCCGGAACCUGCUAAACUAAAUUCCUUGAAGCGCCUCACUCGUCGUAGUAGUGAUGGAAAUGGGUGGUCCCCUAGUGAAUGUAUACGCCUAUGUUUUAAAGGAUCAGCACUUCCACCAAAUGUUUUUAUUUACGACAUGCGUGUUAAAGUUGAACCGUACGUAUUCCCGGUGUCUCAAUGUUCACAGUGCUGGAAACUAGGUCAUAGCAUAAAGAUGUGUCCUACAAAGAAGAUCAUAUGUCCUAAGUGUGGCGGUAAUCACGCUAACUGCGAAACAAUAUCAUUCAAAUGUAUUAAUUGCUCGGGUAAUCACAUGGCGUUAUCAAAGACAUGUCCAAGUUUUUUAAAGGAGAAAAAGAUAAGAGAAAUUAUGUCUGAAUUUAAUUGCACAUACGCUAAAGCAAAGACAAUGUAUGUACUCCCAGAGAAACCUAUACUUAAUAGUACAGAGCAAACAGAUGAAAAUAGUGCGGCCCCAAUUACUUCAUUAAACACCGCUUACAUAGGGAGUACUGACAUGGGAAAUACAUAUGCCAAUGUGGUUAAAAUUAACGCGGAUGUUCACAAAGAAAAGGCAUCACCAUCUCAGAUGAAGCGUCACAAGAAAAAAAAGAAAACUCAUCUCACAACACCGUACCCUUCAGAAGAAGACAUCUCUAACUCUGACAUAGAAAAACAAAGUGAUCAACCGACAAAUAAACAGAAUAAACCCAAAAGCCAAAGCUCUGCGAAAACAUCGUUCAAUGAACUUCUCGUCAGAUUAAAAGAAAUUUGCCUAUACUUAAAUCUCUCGUAA